CGUUGAUUGGCGACUGCUAAGCGACAGGUACGCGAAGAUGCGAUCUGCGGGUGAUCCUCGGUGCUUCCCAUGUCUCCGAGGCACAGUAAUGCGGGGUCUACAUGUUCCAUGCGUUCAACAUGCACUGCCGGGCUUCAUGUGCCGAAUACUUAGUUUCCCUCCAGGUUUAUCUUUUGCUCCUUUAGGUGAAAGAGGCUCCCACCAUGAUCGAUGUCAGGAUACCCUUUAUGUCCAUCUGAUAUUUUGUUGGGAAGACUGAUCCGCUGUUUGAUGCUUGGAAUUAUCAAUGGAAGGAAAUCCUUCACAUGAAGGUAAGUCUUUCGCCCGAGCGUCCGAACUCCGAAGACAUAGUAUAAAACAUCAUGGUCUCAAUUCCUGGGGAAAGGCAUCCCAUGGUAUCAAAAAAUAAUAUACCGCCAUCAUGACUUCUGCGGGCAACCCAAAAGAUUCUAUGAAAUCCACAUGGCGUACCGGCAACCGGGACGAAUGGGGCUUCAGCCACUGGCUGCUGGAGCUGCUCAAUGUUCAUCCCAUUGCACUUGAUCAAAAAGUGCCGGUCCAUUCCAAGCAGGAGAAGCUACCUUAUAUGCCCCAGUGGUCUCUUAACCUUUGGGUUCUCUUUUAUGCGGCUGUUCCGCUCGCCAUCAAUCAGGCCUACAUCUCAUAUAUGGGCCACAACCUCGGCCCAUUUGCUCUGUUCAAUCUAUACUUCUUCUCGUUCAACGCGACAGUCAUUCACCAAGUCAAAAUGCUUCGUCGCCUCGGACAUACCUAUGGCUUCCUUGACGGUGACCAGCAUGAACGCGACGGUAUUCCCGAUGUUGGUGUGCGGAAGGUUACCGCCUCGCUCUACAAGACGACCGGCUCUCGCCUCGUUAUGGCGAUCUACCUUUCCUACUACAACCAAGCACCCAUGGCCAUGGACUGGACAUGGCUCCCACUAAUGAUCGGCCUCUAUGGCAUUGUGCUUGACUUCUGGUUCUACUGGUACCACCGCAUUAUGCACGACGUUAGCUUCCUCUGGAAGUACCAUCGCACUCACCAUCUCACGAAACACCCCAAUCCCCUCCUCGCCGCUUAUGCAGACCACGAGCAAGAGUUCUUCGACAUGGUCGGUGUGCCGUUCAUGACCUACAUGAGCCUCAAAUUCAUGGGUCUUCCCAUGGGCUUUUAUGAGUGGUGGAUCUGCCAUCAAUACGUCGCAUUCGCGGAGGUCUUUGGACAUAGCGGUCUUCGUGUCCACAUGACAGUGCCAUCAACACUGAGCUGGUUGCUGCAGUGGAUGAAUGCCGAGAUUGUCAUUGAGGAUCAUGACCUUCACCACCGCAAAGGAUGGAGGAAGAGUCAUAACUAUGGCAAGCAGACUCGCCUGUGGGACCAGAUCUUUGGCACGUGCCAUGAGCGUAUCGAGUCUGCCGAGAGCAACGUUGACUAUACGAAGUCUGUCUAUAUGCCUUUGUUCUAGACUGCCGCGAUUGGAAUAUUUGUAUCGGCUCUCCAACAGGUCUCGAACAUGCAGUGAUUGCUGCCGGAUUUUCACGAUGAAGAUGGAUGAUUUAGAUAUUAUAUGACGAGGUCACGACAAUGAUGAACAAUAUCAAUGGUAAGUGGUCAGCAAGACAGAAAGGUACAAACUAGCGC